AUGACGCCAAGACGGACGUUUUAUAACCUGCGAGGUUCAAAUGAUGGUUUCAGGUACAUUGAAGCAUUCCUCCAACUUGGACAGAACAUUCCCUGUCGAGCUGAUGGUCGUAAUGCGGUGUCAAACAUUUGCACCAAUAUAACUCGUACCAACUGGUGUCCACAAAGUGUCAACGACCGGCUACGAGGAAUGUUGGCUAAUAAGGAAACAUGCCAAUUCUGUCACCUAUGUGAUACUGUAAGAGAGGAGUCAAACAAGAGGACAAGCGAAAUCAGGCAGUACGUAUUCAAUGAGGGUUCAGAGAAAUGCGACACUCAACAAGACCGCCAGACACUGUAUUUCAAAAUGUGUACACCCUCACGCAGAGAAUUGAACGAACGCCAUGAAGACGCACGUGAUAAAAUGGAAGAAUACUGGAACUACCUCAAACAGGGCGUUCUAACAGCUGUUGUUCACGUUAUGGAUAGAUCGCAACUCGACGGGAACAGGCUGCAACAAUGCCAGAAGAUGUGCCACACUUACACGAACAAACGUGGAGUCAGCUAUUCCUACAGGACCACGCUAUUGAAAUCGAUCGAGUCGUUGUGCACUCCUCGUGACGACUAUGCUGCGUGUGUCUACCAUACAAUGAAAUUCGACAUUAAUGGUGACUUCUGA